AUGAACACCUUGAAAAUGGCAGGGAAACUUGAAUCGCCGCCGGACUCGGCACCCGUCGAUAUAUAUCCUGUCCACAUGUUUGACGACUACAAAGGCCCGCGCAGCAUCAUGAUGCAGUGGAUAUUCCGGGUCGACGCCCAACUCGACGCUUCCAAGCUUCGCAGCGCACUCACACGCGUACUGGAGACGGGAGACUGGCGAAAGCUGGCAGGACGUCUUCACUGCACAAAGACUGGCAGUCUUGAAAUCCACGUUCCACGUACAUUCACAGACCAAGAUCCAGCCUUUACGUAUACGCACCGAGAUUACUCUACGGAAACCUUUGGUGACGAUGCAACGAGGCGCGCGUUUCCCAAAGCCGAUUCCGGCCCACGGGUAUACGCGAGGACUCCUAGUGCCAAUGAAUCUGUCUUUGCGCCAGGCACACCAAAGACGCUGCGGGAACACAUCGACCGCGGCUUGCCACAGCUCGGGCUGCACAUUUCCACAUUCAAGGAUGUCACUCUCAUCGAGCUCACAUGGCCGCAUACCGUCAUGGACGGCACCGGCCAGCGCGAGCUCCUAGCCGCAUGGUCACUGGCGCUCGCCGACCGCGAGCACGAGAUCAAGCCCUUGGCAGGCGCGCGAGAAGACGUAGCAUGGGACAUUGCUGGACAGUACACAGACGAGCAGCUUGGUCCCAACGUGGUGCGUGACAGGGAGCUCACGGGCUUCAGCAAGCUCUUCUUCUUCUGCCGGCUGUUUUGGCAACUUUUGACCGGCCCCCGCGCCGACUGGCGCAUCUUCUACCUCCCCAAGACCGUUAUUCGCACGUGGCGUGAAGAUGUGUUUCAACUAUCCACGGAUUCAAAGACGGAUGAGCAUCCCUUUGUGAGUGACGGCGACUUGAUCUGCGCCUGGCUGGUGAGCCUCGCCGCCAUCGGCCGGCGCCCAAGCACGCGCUACGUUGUCGCCGGCUCCUUCAACUGCCGCGCACGGAUACCCGCCCUCCGCGACGCGCCAGGCGUACACAUGCAAAACCUUCUAGGGCUGUACUUUGCCUCCAUCACCCCGGACGACGUCGCUGGGCCGUCGUCGUCCCUGGCGCGGAUCGCUCUCGCGCACCGCGCCGAGGUCGCCGCGCAGACGACGGAGAGCCAGGUCCUGCACCACUUUCAGCGACGGCGCAACGCAGCUGAAACACAGCGCGAGCCCGGCAUGCCGUUUUACUGCCGCUCCGAUGAGGUGCCUGUGCUGUGCAACAACCUGGCGGGUCUUCGCAUCGGCGCGGCGGCCGACUUUGGUCCCGCGGUGGUGGUGGCCGGGAGGGGAGGGCCGGUGGCGUCGGGACGGGUGGUGAGCCAUCACUAUCUGUCGACGGAUGACAAGAACAGGCCGGUGCCGUACUUUAUCUGUUUGGACCAGGACGAGGGCGGGUAUUGGAUCCGCGGGAAUGCAUCGGCGCAGACGUGGGAUAAGAUUAUCCGCGAGAUUGGCACCGUCGAUGCAGAUGUAUAG